UUUAUCUACUUGAUCUCUCUGCAUUUAUCUCCCCUUUCUCGUUCGGAUCGGCUACAUUGCUUCGGAGUUAUAUUGUUGAUUCGCUCGCUCGCACCAUGGUGGCUUUGAUGGCUUUGUGCACGACGCUUGAUCGCGCACUCACCAGUAUAGAUUCCAUGACGAUCCGUGAUUAUAGAGGUUAGAAUGGGCCGGCCAGGCAGGACCGGGGCCGAUGGAUGAGAAAAGUUCUUGAGGUCUCUGGUCUUAUCUUAUCUAUCGGAGAGGGUGUUUGGCUUUGGGAUACCAAUUCUGGUUCAUCCAUUUUUUUACCCUUUUUUUUCCUUUUCUCCCAUCCCAUUUUCCUUUGGCUUCCUUUCAUAUCUCCCACCCUCUCGCGACUUGAAGGACACAUAAGUCUUGCUCAACGGAGGUUCAGCUUGAUCUCUUUGUGCGACAGUCCGUCCGUAUUGAUGCACGUCGUCAUUUCCUGGACCUUGGCCCAAGACUGCUUUGCUUAACCUGCGUGGCGGGCCCUUUACUCAUCCGCCAUUUGCCUAGGAGGUUGAAUCUGCCUGAA